GUAGGGGCGGCAGAGCGCCAUGGAGGCGGCUGGGGUGGCCGUAUCCGGUCCCCGCGACUCGGCGAGGUGAGGGGCCGCCUCUUCUCCGCGGCUGAGGAGGCCACAGCUGGGCGCCUGCCUUCCACGCGGGCCGCGGCUCCGGCAUGGCCGGGCUCAUUAAGAAGCAGAUCCUGAAGCACCUGUCCCGAGGCUGGCCUGUCUGGAGGGGAACUAGCUUCCGUGGCUUGCCAACCCUGAUGGGGAAAGAGAGAGAAGAGAAGGUUCACUAAGAAUCUUUCACCGGACAAAAUCAAUUUGAGCACCCUGAAAGGGGAGGGUCAGCUGACCAACCUGGAGCUAGAUGAAGAGGUUCUACAGAAUGUGCUGGAGCUUCCCACCUGGUUAGCCAUCACUCGGGUCUACUGCAACAGGGCCUCCAUCCGGAUCCAGUGGACAAAGCUGAAGACACAUCCUAUUUGCUUGUGUCUGGAUAAGGUAGAGGUGGAGAUGAAGACAUGUGAGGAACCUCGGCCUCCCAAUGGACAGUCUCCCAUUGCCCUUGCUUCAGGACAGAGUGAGUAUGGCUUUGCCGAGAAGGUGGUGGAGGGGAUGUUCAUCAUCGUCAAUUCCAUUACCAUCAAGAUUCACUCCAAGGCCUUCCACGCUUCUUUUGAAUUGUGGCAGCUCCAGGGCUAUAGUGUCAACCCCAACUGGCAGCAGAGUGACCUUCGCCUCACCCGCAUCACUGACCCCCGCCGAGGAGAGGUUUUAACAUUUAAGGAAAUAACUUGGCAAACACUUCGAAUUGAGGCAUAUGCUACAGACAAUGGUGAUCAGGACCCAGUCACCACUCCACUGAGACUUAUUACCAACCAAGGCAGGAUCCAAAUAGCCCUGAAGAGAAGAACCAAAGAUUGCAAUGUGGUAGCCUCCAAGCUGAUGUUCCUGUUGGAUGACCUGCUCUGGGUGCUAACUGACUCGCAGCUCAAGGCUAUGAUGAAAUAUGCAGAGUCGCUGAGUGAAGCCGUGGAGAAGUCAGCCCAGCAGAGAAAGAGCCUGGCCCCUGAACCUGUACAGAUCACACCGCCCGCUCCCAGUGCCCAGCAGUCCUGGGCCCAGGCGUUUGGUGGCAGCCAGGGCAGCAGCAACAGCAACAGCAGCCGCCUCAGCCAGUACUUUGAGAAAUUUGAUGUGAAAGAGUCCUCUUACCAUCUCCUCAUCUCCCGCCUGGAUCUGCACAUUUGUGAUGAUAGCCAGCCCCGAGAGCCAGGUGUCUCUACAAACAGACUUACGGGUGGUGCAAUGCAACUUACCUUCCGCAAGAUGGCAUUUGACUAUUACCCCUUCCACUGGGCAGGCGAUAGCUGCAAACAUUGGGUACGUCACUGUGAGGCCAUGGAGACCCGAGGCCAGUGGGCUGAGAAGCUGGUGAUGGAAUUUCAGAGUAAAGUGGAAAAGUGGCAUGAGGAGACAGGUCUGAAACCACCCUGGCACCUGGGGGUAGAUUCUCCCUUCCGGAGGAAAGCAGAUUCUCUCUCUAGUCCACAAAAGAACCCUCUUGAGAGAAGCCCCUCUCAGAGUCGACAGGCUGUCUUUCGGCCUCCAGCAUGGAAUCGCUUACGUUCUAGCUGCUUGGUAAUACGAGUGGAUGACUUGGACAUCCACCAGGUUUCUACAGCUGGACAGCCAAGUAAGAAGCCAUCUACACUCCUUUCCUGCAGUCGGAAACUUCACAACCUCCCCACUCAGGUCUCUGCCAUUCAUAUUGAGUUCACAGAGUAUUAUUUCCCAGAUAAUCAGGAGCUUCCAGUUCCCUGUCCCAAUCUCUACAUUCAGUUAAAUGGUCUGACAUUUACUAUGCAUCCCGUCAGCUUGCUCUGGGGAAACUUCUUCUGCCUGGAUUUAUACCGCAGCUUGGAGCAGUUCAAAGCUAUCUACAAGUUGGAGGAUUCAAGCCAGAAAGAUGAACACUUGGAUAUUCGACUGGAUGCCUUCUGGUUGAAGGUGAGCUUCCCGCUGGAGAAGAGAGAACAGGCUGGGUUGCAUCGUCCCCAGGCCCUUGUCUUCUCUGUAUCAGGCAUGACUGCCACCAAUACACGUCAUGCCCCAUAUUGUAGCUGUCCAGACCUCCAAAGUCUCUUCCGGGGUUUUGCUGCUGCUGAGUUCUUUCAUUCCAGUUAUGUUCAGUUCCCCAAGGUUCCAGGUGGCUUUAGCCUUCUGCACAUGCUUUUUUUGCAUCAUGCCUUCCAGGUGGAUUCCCGCCCUCCUCAGUCUAGUACCCUCCCUCCCCAGAGACUUAAGGCAUCCCAGGAUCUCUGGUCCAUCUACUUCACCCAGAUCUCCUUGGACUUUGAGGGAACAGAGAACUUCAAAGGCCAUACCUUGAAUUUCGUGGCCCCCUUCCCCUUGUCCAUUUGGGCCUGCCUACCCCUCCGCUGGCAGCAAGCCCAGGCACGAAAGCUCCUUCUGGCCACAGAAGGGAGGCUGAAACCAUCGGCCAGCUUUGGCAGUCCUGUCCGUUCUGAGGCCCUUGCCCCUGACACAGUAUCCCAUCAGAGGUCAAAGACUGAGCAUGAUUUGAAAAGCCUGUCAGGCCUUACAGAAGUCAUGGAAAUUCUGAAAGAAGGCAGCGGUGCUGUGGACACCAAAGGGUCUCUGGCAGAGCUGGAGGAUGCCGCAGAUGUGCACGUGCUGGUACACUCCCCUGCACAUGUCCGCGUGAGGCUUGACCACUACCAGUACUUGGCUCUCCUCCGCCUGAAGGAGGUGCUGCAGGGUCUUCAGGAGCAGCUGACUAAGGAUACAGAGGCCAUGACUGGGUCUCCCCUCCAGGACCAGACAGCUUGCAUUGGGGUUCUCUUCCCUAGCGCUGAGGUGGCUCUGCUCAUGCAUCCUGCCCCUGGGGCUGUUGAAGUGGACUCUGAGGGUUCAAAUACUACCAGUCUCAUAGAUUCAGAGCUGUCCCCUUCAGAGGAUAGGGAGCUCAAGUCUGAUGCCUCCUCAGAACAGGGCCCAGCAAGCCCUGAGAAGGUUCUAGAGGAUAGUGGCAUUGACAAUCUGGAUGCAUCCCAGGAUAGACCACUGCCUCUCCAUAGCAAUGGAGAAGUACAGUACUCAGAUUCUCUUGCACAGCUGGAGGCUGGGAAGAGCCACGAGGCAGUCGAUUCCUUACAGGCAAAGAGACUGAGCAGAGCCCAAGCAUCUAGCUCACCAGCUGCACUGAAGCCCCCAUGUGGCAAGGAUACUACUGUGAAUGGACAGGGCGAGCUCAUCCCCUUGAAGAACAUUGAGGGAGAACUGUCAAGUGCUAUUCACAUGACCAAGGAUGCCACCAAGGAGGCUCUACAUGCCACCAUGGACCUCACCAAGGAAGCUGUGUCCCUGACUAAGGAUGCCUUCAGUCUGGGCAGAGACCGAAUGACCUCCACCAUGCACAAGAUGUUGUCUCUUCCCCCAGCCAAAGAGCCGGUGGCCAAGAUAGAGGAGGGGGUGGCAGCCCCAGUAAGUGGAGGUGCUGCCCGACUCCGAUUUUUCUCCAUGAAGAGGACGGUAUCUCAGCAGUCAUUUGACGGUGUCUCAUUGGAUAACAGUGGCCCUGAAGACCAGAUGUCAGUGGACAGUGAUGGCAGUGAGAGCUUUGUGAUGCUGUUGGAGUCUGAGUCUGGUCCAGAAUCUCUUCCAUCAGGAUCUCUUCCAAAUGCCUUAGACAAUGCUGGUGUUCAAGGGAGCCCUGUUGUGGAUAGUUAUGGCCAGGGAUCACCAGAGGCCAACAGUUCAGUCUCACCCAGUGGGGAAGACCUCAGUCUUCACCUGGUCUCAGUUCUGGUUCUGAAGGUGAACAAAGUAUCUUUGGGGAUUGAAGUACGUGGCGAGGAUGUGACUGUGGCCCUGCAAGGAGAGGAGCUGGCCCUCCAGCAGCUGGGUACCGUGGGACUCUGGCAGUUCCUGCAUGGACAGUGCCCGGGUGAGGAUGGUGGCCCUUCCAGGAGAGCAGGUACAAGCUUUCAGGAAUCCUCAACUUUGAGGACUGACUGCAUCAGGCCAGCUGUGGGCCUUCGCUUUGAGGUGGGGCCUGGUGCAGCUGUUCAUUCCCCACUGGCCAUACAGAAUGGCUUCCUACAUAUCUUGCUUCAAAGCUGUGACCUUGAGCUGCUCACUUCGGUGCUCAAUGGCCUGGGGCCCUUCUUGGAGGAUGAGGUGAUCCCGGUGGUAGUUCCCAUGCAGAUUGAGCUUCUGAACUCCAGGAUCACUCUCAAGGAUGAUAUCCCUCCCAUCUAUCCGACGUCUCCAGGCCCUAUCCCCAUCACUCUGGCCAUGGAGCAUGUUGUGCUGAAGCGGAGUGAUGAUGGUGUGUUCCACUUAGGCGCUGCUGCUCAGGACAGACCAUCAGCUGAAAGACUUAAAAGUGAGAAGAGGCAGCCCCCCAAAGAACAGGUGUUUCUGGUGCCCACAGGGGAGGCUUUUGGUCCACAGGUGAAAGAACUGCCUACCCUACAAAAGGAACUUAUAGAAGCUAAAGAAGCAUUGGCUCAUGCCAACCAGGAUAAAGAAAAACUUCUUCAGGAGAUUAGGAAAUAUAACCCCCUCUUUGAGCUCUGACAGCAGUGGCUCAGCCAUCUGUGCCAAGGAGAGAGGAGGAGAUCACCAGCAAUUGUAUCACCUGUGACAGGCACCAUCCAGUGUUAAACAAGUCAGCUAAGGAUGCUCAACUCACUCCUUGCAGGGUCCUUUCUACUAGCUGUUCUGACUUGGAUGGAAGACAGGGCAAAGCACGACCAUGUUCCAGGAGAUUGGGGGCAGCUUUGUGCGUGGCUCAAGCAUCAUGUCUUGCCUGUAUAAAGCCUUUCGGCCCUCUGCACACUAGGUGGAAUCUUCUCGACACUGUAGGGCCAUUUCAUCUCCUGGAUUCAUGGCAGAGACAUCUGCUUCCUCCACAACCUGUGUGAACAAGGCAAAGUACCCAUCUCAGUCACCCACAGAGCCACCAAAGAUUCUACGUCCCAGAGCUUCCUGAGGCGGAUCUGAAAAGUCCUAGGCCUGAGCUUCAGCCACAGAAGUAGAGUGGAACAGAAAAUAGCCAGCAAGGCGGGAGUCAGGAGAGGCACAGGAAUAAGUGAGACAUGGAUUCUGCCUAUUUUGGAAAGGAAACCAAACUCAUGUCAUCUUGGCUGAUACUACAAUCAGGUUUUUCACGGUUAAGUUUCCUUUCUGUGAUCCUUUCAUUAUUGUGAUGCUGCGGUAGGAAGUAAACAACAAUUGUGGCUCACUGGUAUCACCUUUCCCUUCUGUAAUGCAAUUUGUUUGAAAUUUAAAUCAAGGAAAAGAUGUUUACUCUGAGCUAGGUUGAAGGCAUGAUGUGGUAGGGAUCACUAGUGGAGCUUGCUUCUGAGCCCCUGUUGCCUGCUGAGUCCUGUGUCUUCCACAGCUGCACCUCACAGGUCAUUUCCUCUCCCAGGGUCCCUGGCACCUCUGCAUCGUCUGCACUAUGACUUUCUACCAGCACUCUUGUUAGCACUCUGUGGUUUGGGAGCUGAAAAUGUGUUUUAAACUGUGACAUAAACAUCUUAGCCUGUUGCCUCUCACACCCCUCUAUCACUGUGGCUUUUAAAAAUCAUGUUAUUUUGACUUAAGUAAAAAAAGAAAAAAAAGGAAAAAACCCCUUCAACCUGACUAGGUUUUGCCUCUGCCUGAUAAAAGAGCUAUUUCCCCCUCUCUAUUUUCUACCUGAUCCUUCCGCAUCACUCUAUCUUCGUCCAUACUGCUCGGUGAUAUACUUCAAGGUGUGUUGAUUGGACAGAAGUUCAUCAGCUGACUCACCUUGAAUUGGCAAGAUGCUAAAAUAGUGAUUUAGUAGUGUCACUAAAGUCUUAAUCACACAUGACCUAUUGAAGGAAAGAUAAAAUGGUUUCCUUUAUAGGAAAUCAUGCCUGACUUGUAUAUUCUAGUUUUUGAGAAUAAGAAGAAACAUGCAUCCAAGAGGGAAUAAGAUCUAAUUUGCUCAGACUUUUGAAGAAUUUUUGUCAUGGUUCAUCACUAAGGCAAUUUAAAAUUACCAAUUACUAUGAGAUUAUGGGUGUAUCUAUCAUGCUUAGGAAACAACUUAGAGACUUAAGAGUAAACAUCUUUCUAGAGAGAUUGUUAACAGUGUAACAAUCAGAUGGGUUGAUGUUUGGUUUAACCUUAUUUAAGAUUUUUAUAAAUAACCUGAAAGUAUUACAAUGCAAUCAAAUGUCACUACUUCUAGGCAGUGAAAGAUAAAUCAGAAAAGAUUAAAAAAAAAGAAAAAAGGAAAAUCACAGAAGAUGCACGAACCAGGCUGUGAAUACUCAGGAAAGUGACAGGUGAGGUUUGGUGUAGGUAAGUGUGAAGUAAUGCACUUAGUGGAAGAUUCAGCAACCAAUGAGGCAGUGAGUUCUGUUAGAACUCAGGAAAGAAACUUAAGCACUGCUGAGAAGGAGGAGGAGUCAGUGUGCUGCUGUGGCCAAAUGCCCACCUGCAUGAUCAGGAAGGUCACAUAGAGCCAACACAGAAAACAGCACCUCACACAAGACCAUGAUAAUGUCUUAAAUUAUCUGUGCAUUUCUGGUACCCUUACUUACGAAAUACAGGUGAAGGGAGGAAAGGUCCAGAGAACAGCAAAAAUUAUCAGGGAGUGAAGGUACUUCCGCAUGAGGACACAUCUCUAAAAUGUUGGCUCCAGUUCUGGAAAGACGAAAGCUGAGGGUUGUGUUAGGUCAAAUAUUCAGUCAAGAGUGAGAUAUGUUCUUCAGGUCCCAAAAUACUGGCUCUAGGGUUCUACCUCAUAGGCUUAGGUAAAAGAAAGCACUUCUCUUGGCAAAUCAGAAACUUCUGGAGCUCAUUGUUCAAGGAGUAGUGUUGGCAGAAACUUUAUGAGUGCAGGUUUAAGAGGAAUCCUUGUAUAUAUGGCUUCCAAAAAGAAUUACAGAAAACGAGGGCUAUUUGGUGAUAUACAAGGGAGAGGGUAACUGCAUCCCUCCACAGACCCCCCUUUAGGUUUCUUCAAAGGCAGAAUGAUGAAGAAAAAAGGAUCGCUGGUUCAUCUCAAGUAUGGCAUUUCUAAUGUUCUUAGAGGGGGAGGAGGGAGAUCUGUAUCUAGAAAAUAAAAUUAUUCAACCUUAGGUCCACCUGAAUUAGUCUAAAAUCACAUUCUGAUUCUCUCCCCUUCCUCUCUGACCCACCAUUACCCCUCCGUGCAGAGAAAAUGUCUAAUAGGCAUUGCUUGGUAUUCCUUCACCUUAAGCUUAUGCUUGGUGAGAGGCAACAGAAACAAAUCUGGCAAGCACUGAGGCUAACCCCUUUAAUGACCAGAGCUCAGUCAGGUUUCUGGGCAAUCUGGAGCUCUUGUCCACAUGACAAAUGGAGCCCUUGAAUCUGAAUUCCCUUAUGUGACAGAUUUGGCCAUUGUGUCUGGAAGUCCUCCCUCAGGAAAUGUGGUAGAGGUCAUUGUCCCGUGGAAUUCUAGUAAAAAUCAUCUUGUAUAACUUCAUACUCCAAUUCAUUGGGGGAAGGCAGGCUUUUUCAUAAUGAAGAAAUAUGACCUUAUUGGUAUUCCUCAGGAUAAAUGUAAAGGAGAAAGAUGGAAAGAACAAAUAGUGUCAGCUCCUUUGAACUGCUUACGAUUUCUGCCUUGGAGCUCUAAGACUCUGAACAAGAAAAAACAAUACCUCAAGAAAAUGUCUGGAGUGAUAGCACCACUAUUCCUCAAAAGACUUCAGCCACUGCACAUCACCAUUUCAGCUGUGAAGCAUGGACAACUACGUAUCAUCUGUGAUUGUCUAGAUUUCCUGUUUACAUGGAGGUACUGGAGACAUGCUUUAGUGCAUAUGAACUGAUUUAAAUCUCUUAGCUGAGUUGCAGAGGUGGCUAUCCAUCUCAAAUUGUGUUUUCAAUUCACUGGAAUAAUUCACCUAGUUUCUUGGACUUUAGACAGGAGUGGAUGGCUCUCAUGAUGGCUGCUUUUUGCUAUAUAUUUAAUAUGACCCUCAUUUUGCCAUGGGGCUCAACCUUUAUGUACACCUUUUCAUGGUGGUUCCUGCGUAUGGAAUAUACAAUGGAUAAACCACCCUUCAGGUACCCGUAACUUAAUGCUUCCAUUUAACCCAUUUAGUUCCUCCUUAGGCAAGUUUAGGGGGUAGUGGAAAGAUGAUAGUUUGAACAUAGUCAUUUGGGAAAUUUCCAUUCCAAAUCUUUAAACUAAGGUUUUUUUUUGUUAAUUUAACACUUGCCUAAACUUCUAAAAUCAGUUAUAGUAAUAUCACAAAACUAUGGAAACAACAUUGCUGCACAAGCUGGUAGGGUGACAUCUCCUUAUCUGAGACUACAAAAGCUGUGUCAUUGCCUUCUGAUUUACCAUAGUCAUUAUGAAGUGUUUUGAGAUUCUGGUGUGAUGUACUGUCCUUUCCAGGAUGAUGGAUCUUUCCAUACCUUCUGCUAGAAUAGGAAUAUUCCCAUUCACCUCUGGGUAGGUGUAGAUAGUAGCUGUUGUUGAAUGAGGAUUAUUUUCUCCAUCUCUUACAGCAGAUGCCAGGGGGAACACUCUUGGAUAACCCUAAACUGUGAGGCUUUGCUAAGUGGCUGGACUUGUGAUGUGAACUUCUCUCCAUGUUAUUUGUAAAUUUCAGCCUUAUCCAGUAUCUCAGAUUGCAGUAGGUGUAGUUCCUAUAUCCAGUCGAAAAAGCUUCCUCUUAGAUCUGAGAAUUUUUUUUUCUUUAGUUUACUAGUUUUUGGUCAAGAUUUAGCUUGAGUCUUAGGCAGCGUUUCUUUGUGGAAUGCCCCACUGAAGUGUCUUCUCCAUUGGCUAUGUACACGUUUAAAGCCAUGCAUUUUAAUAUAAGAUACUAAAAGCCAGAUUUAUCCAACUUUGUGUGUCCAAGCUGUUUCCCCCACUCAGGGUGCUAAACAGAAUUGGAAUCUUUACUAAGACAUGCUCAGGAAAGCUUCAAAAGAGAACAGCUUCAAAAUCCCUCUCCCUAUGACACUGAAUGAUAGAGAGGAAAGAAUUCUUGGGAUUGCCAGUUAAAUACAGUAGCCUUAUUACUGCUAAUCACUGUCAAUAAAAGGUCACUCCAUUCCCCUCUAUUUGAGGAAAACAAUGAGAAUGUAUCUGAUGAACUGGAAUACUGGUCAGUAUUGGGAAAUUUUAAUGUUGCAAUAUCUAAUCAAACCUUGAGUGUACUGGUUCUGUGAACCACCUGAAAAAAGCAAAUUAAACUUAUUAAGCAGUA